AUGAGCCCUACCCUCAAUAAAGUACUAUGCGGCCUAUCAAAUUUGGCUGUCUCAGCCUUCGCAGAACCAAGCUUGAAGUGUUCUGCUGAUAGCAUCUCCAUCCCAAACGCCAUUUUGGACUCCAUCAGUCAUCACACACUCGGUGACGCGAUCCCACUUCCCAACACCGUCGCAUCUUGCGGCGGAUCAACAUUCAAAGUCAACAUCACAAGUAACCUCUGCAGAGUUGUUGUCAACGUUACAACAAGCACUUCCAGCUCAACCCGCAUUGAAGCUUGGUUGCCAGAUGAUUGGAAUACUCGCUUGCUGGCAACCGGAACGGGCGGUAUUGGAGGAUGCAUCGAUUACCGGUUUGUGCAAAAUGGCGCUCAUCUAGGCUUUGCAAGUUUCGGCACCAACACGGGCCACGAUGGAGAACAAGGGUUUGACUUCUUCCUCAACCAACCCGAGGUCAUCAACGACUUUGGACAUCGAGGUAUCCACGUUGAGGCACAAGUUGCGAAACAGAUUGUCGAGCAGUAUUAUGGAAAGAGAGCAUCCAAGAGUUACUACCAAGGUUGUAGUACAGGAGGACGCCAAGGUCUCCAAAAUGCUCAACUAUACCCUGAAGAUUUCGACGGCAUCCUUGCCGGAGCUCCUGGAAUCGAUUGGCUCCACAUCGUGGCGUCCAAGGGUAUCCUAGCUCGGAGAAUAGGAUGGCCUGACCUUGAGUCUGAUGCUUAUGUUCGACCGGAGCAGUGGCAAGCCAUAGUUGCUAAGCAAAUCGAAAUGUUCGAUCCUCUGGAUGGUGUCAAGGAUGGAAUUAUUGAUAACCCUGCUGCACAUGCGUUCGACCCCGCUAUCAUGGCAUGUGGCACCCAAGUUCUGAGCAGUUCUUUGUGUCUCAAGCCUCAACAAGUAACUUCUGUUCGAGCUGCUUAUGAGCCCCUUGCUGACUCUGAGGGUCGUAUUGUCUACCCAGGCUUUAGCCUUGGCUCAGAUACAAGUGUCUUUUCCGCUAAUCAGAUCAACGGAACUGCAGACUUGACCUACAAGGUUCUCCAGGACUUCUGGCGUGGUGCUGUCUACAAUGACUCGACCUGGACACCGCACAACUUCACAGUGCAGGAUAUGGACUUUGCCAUUAAACUAAACCCGGGAGGCGUCAACGCUGCCGAGGCGAAAUUGGACAGGUUCUAUGCUAAGGGCGGCAAGAUCAUCUCGUACCACGGUCAGGCGGAUCAGACCAUUACCCCCAAGUUACUCGCGGAGUACUACGCCAAAGUCCAGAGCAACCUCAACGUCACCCUCGAAGACAUGCAUUCCUUUUAUCGACACUUUUUUAUCCCCGGGAUGUAUCACUGCUCUGGCGGACCUGGGGCUUUCGAUAUCGGCCAGGUGUAUCCGAUGGACGAUGAUAGACUAAACGCUAAGGAAAAUGUGCUACUUGCUUUGACAAAGUGGGUGGAGGACGGUGAAGAGCCUGCCGCUCUUGUGGGAGCAAAGUAUGACAUUUCUGGAAAGGCCACAGCCUAUCGGAAGUACUGCCCUUACCCCUACGAAAGUAAGUGGGAUGGGUCUGGAAACACGACCAAGGCGGAUAGCUGGGAUUGUGUCAUACCCGGGGUUUGA